GAAAAAUCCAAACGCAGGAAUAAACUGAACCAUCCCUGUUCACUCACAAGAACAUCACGGCUAUUGGGGGGCUGAGAAGUAAGGGGAAGAUCGGUCAAAAAGCAAGGUGAUGGUGCCUAAUAGCAAAGAAAGUACCCUCUGAGCUAGCAAAGAAAGAGAAAGUGCCGCAGAGAUCAUAAACAAGCCAAGAAACAUGGGAUCCGGCUGUAGUCGCAGGGGCAAAUCUAAAACAGGACCAGCUAAAGAAAACUCAGAUAAACUUAAAAACAGCAAAAUCAUCUUUGUGGUGGGUGGUCCAGGCUCUGGCAAAGGGACACAAUGUGAGAAAAUCGUACACCAAUAUGGCUACACUCACCUGUCAACUGGAGACCUGCUGAGGGAAGAGGUGUCCUCUGGAUCAGAACGAGGGAAGCAACUGUCAGCCAUCAUGGAGAGAGGAGAGCUGGUACCUUUGGACACAGUUCUGGACAUGCUGAAAGAAGCCAUGAUUGCCAAAGCAGACACCUCCAAGGGAUACCUCAUAGACGGUUACCCACGUGAAGUGAAGCAAGGAGAAGAAUUUGAGAAGAAGAUCGGGCCUCCCUCAUUGCUCCUGUAUAUUGACGCUGGUUCAGACACUAUGGUCAAGAGGUUACUGAAACGUGGGGAGACCAGUGGCCGAGCAGAUGACAACGAAGCUACAAUCAAGAAGCGUCUGGAGACCUACUAUAAAGCUACUGAGCCAGUUAUUGCCAUGUAUGAAGGAAGAGGCAUUGUCCGAAAGAUCAAUGCAGAAGGAAACGUAGAUGAUGUCUUCAAACAAGUCAGCACUGCACUAGACACCCUGAAAUAAGCUUUUAUUGGGGCAAAUAUGCCUCAUGUCUGUGUCUUAAAGCUUCUGAAUCCUUUCUUCUGACUCAUUUCAUGCAUCCGUCUCAUCGGUUUUAACAACAUUUGGGACAUACGUUUCUUGUGCCUGGGGCUGGUAUCGUCGGUACACAAUGAUAAAUGUCCUGUUGAAGACUGAAACGGUCAAUAAACACUCGGUUUUGCAGCUAUGGUGAAGUGCAAUUUUCCCCUUCAUUUACUGCAAUUGAUUGAUGAAUGGAAAAGGGUGAUGCAAUACAUGGAAACAGCAUGUCUGGUUUAUCAUAUCAUUUUAGAGGCAAACAUUAUGUUCAAAGCUUCUCAUGUUCAUGAAAUGAACCUACAGUAUCAGUUCACAAUGUCCACCUACAUCUAGAUAACAAUAGGCUUCAGCUCAAAUUGGAAAGUCAUUUCUCUAGGAUCUAUCCUUGCACAGACCAGUUGCACCAACAGAAACCGUUAAGGUUCCCAUACACAGGCAGAUAUAAGCUGCCGAUAGAUUAAGUCAUCAGCUUAGUCAGGCAAACGAGCGGGUUUAAAAAUCUCGUCGGAUCGAGGAUAGCAUCGGUUCAUUAAUGCGAUCCUCGAUCUGACCGCCCAUAUUCUUCUAGUUGUGAUCCCUAGGGCCCACAAUCAUAUCAGCCCAAUAUCGCCCACCUCAAGGUGGACAUAUCGGGGAGCGAUCCGGUUAUUUGGCGACAAACGAGCAAAUCUCCCUAUGUAUGGCCAGCUUUAUUGUUCAACAUUUUAUCUACACUUGGUCUAUUGACAUGCACCACUCAAUUUGAUAUGUACACUGCUGUGUUCAUGUGCCUCUUCUCAUUUGUCUCUGUAUGUUCAUUAGUCUUAAAUAUAAAACACUUGUUGACCCGA